GUUGAUAUUUCUUUUUGGAAUGUUUGACGUAGGAACAUGUUCGUGUUCUGAGUCCAAGGUACAAUUAGGAACUGUAUCAAAAUGUCCUGAUACAUUAAAGACGAAAACAGAAGCUGCAAUGAGAAUGAAUUGUUCUAAAAUUGCAUGCGACACUUCAAAAACUUUAGAAUACCAUUGUGUGCUGAGUCCGUUCGGAGAUAAAUUUAUGGAAGUUUGUGCCGAAUCUGUGUUAAUAAUAGGUCGAUACUGUGUAGAAUACAAUCCUGUUGGUAAAAGGAUUCAAGGUCACUAUCCGAUUCAGUGUGGCCUGUUUGAUAACCCGUGUCCUUUCAUAUACAAUUCUACGGACGCAUACAAAUAUUCAGAAUGCUAUCGUCAGACAGAGAAUAGCAUUACACCAGAUAUUGACGUGCUUUUGGAAAACUCAACGUUCUCUACCGUGGAUAACAAAACAACAGAAUCACAUGAAAAAUCCGGAAAAUCAGGUCCUUGUGAAACUUGUUUAUUUGCUAUUCUUCCAUUUGGUGUAAUAAAUGUUUGCACAAUUGGCUACAUUGUGUAUCUAAGAAGGAAAUACACAAAUUAUUCCAAAGCACCUUUCUUGGAUAAAGACGAGUAUUCAUUAAGGAAAUAAUAUUUGUGUUCUUAAUGUAGAAUCCAAUUUAUGAUAAAUCACCUAAAGGAAGGAAGACACUUCUGUUGAAAUUUGAAUAUAAUGUAAGCAAUUCAAGUUUGUACAAUGUGUGUGACCUCAAGUUAUAUAUACAAAAUAAAAUGUAUUUUAAAGUGUAGCUUUAUAAACUGUCUUGGUGUAGAUUUUAUUUAGUCUUUCUAUACAUGUAAGUUCUUUGUUAGUAUAUCCUCAACAAAACGGAAUAAAUGGUAGAAUGCACACGGAAAUCUAGGAUUAUGUCAUGUAUUGAUAUGGACAGAAAAUAAUAUCAUAUGAAUCUGUACGUAUGACGUUUUACCGGUGAGAUUAUUAUGAGAAAAUCACUGCAUAGGUAUUACAGGAAAGAAUUUGACCUC